GAAAUUCCAAAACUCACCCCUUUUCUUUUCCUCUCUAAAUUAUCUCACAUUUUCAUAUGUUAAAAGAACUAGAGAGAAAAGAAAAAGGAAAAAAAUUAUCAGAAAACAGUUAACAAAUUUGGGGAAACAAAAACCAAAAAAAGAAAAUACACAAAUUUAGGGUUUUCAAUUCCCUUCUUUUCUCUCUCCCACGUUUAAUUUUUUUUUUUCUAUCCCUCUUUUUCUCUCUCUCUAUCUCUCUAUUUUCAUUUUUCUCGAUUUCUUCAAUUCUCCGGGAAGCUAGAACGAUAAUUUCCAUUUUUUCCGGGAGAAUUUGACCUCCGUUUCUCAGCUACAGCUAUACCGUAUGAUUUUCAGGAAUUUGUAUUCUGUAUUGCAACUGAGGGAAGGAGGAAUUCAUCCUAUGUGAAGUCGAGGGGUAUACAUAUAGACAUAAACAUUUUAUCGAAGAUGGAGGGAUUGAGAGCUUGUUGUACAGGAUUAAUCGUCUUUUAAUUUGUGAUAUUUCUGUUAUUUUUUCCUGGUUUUCUUUUAUGAUUCUAUUUGAGGAAUCAAUUUCUGAAUUGACGCUGGACGAUUGAUUGGAUGUGCAAUAGAAUAUGGAUUCUCAAAAUUCGCCCCCAACGACCAGCCAGGUCAACUGUUGUUACUGCGGGUGCAGCAGUUGUUCUGCAAUGAACAGGUCCUAUUCAGGGACUUGGCUCCGAUCUGUGAAGCGAAAAUUUGAUGAAUAUAAUGAGAAUAAGUUUAUGAUCCCAGGCUUUGUCUUACCUCUGAAUGCUCGUAUUGAAAUUGAAAAUGAAUGUACAGCACUUAGGGAAAUGGUAAGUAAGCAACAACACACAAUUCAGGAUUUAGGUGCUGAGUUGGAGGAAGAACGAAAUGCGUCUUCCUCGGCGGCGAAUGAGGCCAUGUCCAUGAUUUUGAGGUUGCAAGGAGAAAAGGCAGAGGUUCAGAUGGAAUUUAAACAAUUCAAAAGGUACACUGAGGAGAAAACGGCGCAUGAUCAGCAGGAGAUUAUGGCGUUGGAGGAUAUAUUAUACAAGAGGGAGCAAACAAUUCAAUCAUUGACUUGUGAGGUGCAAAUGUAUAAGCAUAGAAUGAUGAGUUAUGGGCUAACAGAAUCUGAGGCUGAGGGUGAUUGUGAGACAGAAAAGGGCCGUUUUAGUCGGAACAAUAGUAUCUCCGAGACUAUCAAUGGGCAAUUCGAAGUUCCUCCCUUCGAUUACCCUCCAUUGAAAUGCACUAUUAAUGAGAAUCAAGUAUACACAGAAUUUGAUAAUGACAUUGUUGAUGUUGAGAAAUAUGCAUUUGAAGAGACCCCACGUUCGUGUGACCAAUUGCGGGAUUUGGAGCAUAGGAUCAAUCAAUUGGAGAGGACGCCAAGAAGCACUGAUGGGGAUCUUUUCAAGAACAACAUACUUGAAAAAGUGAUAGUUGGUCAUUCCCCAAGGAGGAAUAGACAUCUUAGAAAGUUUUCAACUGAUAGUGUAGGAUCUCCCUUCAUUACAAAUAAAGAAAUUAACUCAGAUUUCAUCUCAGAUUCUCCAAGAUUUGGUGGGAGUAUUAGAAAAACAGAAUAUUCACAAACAGAAGAGCGUUCAAACUUGAGGAAGGUGGAUAAUUCAUCAGAAAUUGGAGAUGACAUGAGUGACCGAGUUUACACAAUUGAUUCUGUACAUCAGGGGGCUGGAUAUAAUGGUGUGUCAGAACUCAAGUCUUCAGCUGGAAUGGUUGACGACUAUACCCCAAGGGAUUCAUUAAAUAACACAGAUUUUGGAGAUCCAGAGGUCACAAAGUUGUAUUUUAGGCUCCAGGCACUUGAGGCUGACCGGGAAUCAAUGAGACAGGCUAUGAUUGCUAUGCGGACUGAUAAAGCACAGGUGAUAUUGCUCAAGGAGAUUGCUCAGCAGUUAUGCAAAGAGAUGUCUCCAGCCGUGAGAAAACCUGCAAAGAAGACAUCUGUAAUUGGGAGCUUUUCAUGCAUGUCUAUAUUCAAGUGGAUCACAUGCUUUGUUUUAUGGAGAAGAAAAGCACGCAGAUGCAAGUACCCAUUUGGAUCAUCGACCAACAAUCCAGGCUUGCUGAUGCUUUUAGACAAGGGACCUCAUGUGGGGCAGUGGAGAUGUCUGAUGAGCACGCAGGUGUAAAAACCAGCUCCAAGUAGUCCACAUCGAUCACUGAAGACUGUAACAUAAACGUCAGUACGAAAGGGAUUGUAGUCAGAUUGAUUGCUUUUUCAUUUUACUUUCUUUCUCCCCCUUGUAUUCCUUGCUGCUGCAAAUUGUGGGUUCACUCUGCACUGUGUUCUUCCCCUUAAUUCAUGGAAUUGUAACCUUUGGCUGAACCAGUGUCAUCGAAAAUAUAGACGUUCCACUGCCAGUUUGGAACUUGUGAAUAAUUGUGAUCAAUAUGGCUUGUUUGGUUUCUACUCAAGUUUUUAUUUUUCUUUUUACCUGUAUAUUACAUCUUGUGAAUGAAUUUUUUCUCUUGGUA